CGACCUGUGCCUGACGUGAGAUAUCAGUUGUAGCCACGCUACGAAGAGCACAAUCAGGCCAAGGUGUUUGCCACUACAUUACAAGUAUCACAGUCGCGCUAAGGUGUCAUGGACCCUUUCAAACGAGAUAUACGCAAAAGGAUGGCACAUAAAAUGGCAAAUAUGAAACGAAAGCACCCGUCUCGGAUGCCAGUGUUACCGCACAUUUUAUCUCUGGACAAAGCGCUGGCCUCUGGAUAUGUACUCGAUCCAGCACUGUUUGCCAAGACGAAUGGAGCUUACAAUGGUGCUAGAAAUUUCUCCUUUCCACCCGUUCCUAUCGGUUCAAAGUAUUCAUCGCCGAGCAAAGCUAGUUCCAGUAGCUCCCUGCAGCAGCGUGACUUGGGACUUGCGCCCAACCCUAAUAUAGUGGAAGAGAUCGGUGAUCGACACUGGCAUGUACAGGGAAGAAGAGGAAGAAUUAGUAUCCGAAACGACAAAAAGAUAGUCACUUAUCUACGGCGACAACUUCGUAAACGCAUACAGCAAUGGUAUGAUGAGACCGACAGUGACGAGUACGACGAGGAGAAACACGACAGAAUGCCGUUGAACUUGGAUUCCGAAGCAUACGCGAAAAGGACCCCGUCUUGUAGGCACCGAAAAAAGGCAAUAUUUGAGCAAUAUAACGAUGUCGGUGGACGUGUGAGUAAGGAGGGGACGAUGGUGAAAGAGGACACAUUUGUGAUGCGUCAUCCUUUGAUCGAUAUGUCGCCUCUACCGACGUCCCGUGUGCAUUCGUCGUCAGAUUCUGUCCUCGACGUUAUUGACGGUGAUAUUAUGGACAACAACAACACACUGACGCAGUCCAGUGCUCUUAAGUAUACCUCACAGAACGGUGACAAUGAUGUAGUCGUUAAUGGAAACAGUCUCGAGAAAGGUGUCACUUUUGCGGAACGAGAGUUCGAAAUCGUCCCGGAAGAUAAGCGAACCGCUCCUAAAAGCUCCAGCUCGAUGUCUAUUACGUCCAUAAGCAGCGGCACCAGCUCGCAGAGACAAACGCCUGUCCACAGGGAAGGACAAGUCCCGGAGACCCUCCCAGAAAUACACACAACCAAACACGACUCCCACUCAUCACAAUCUUCGACGGCGCAAUCUCCGCCUCUUGUCGAUGUCCUAAAACUGCCCAAAAUUGCCGGUGCGAGUACUGAAUAUGAAAAUGUGAACGAGGACUCUAAUAUCGAUGACGAGGUGCGCCAGGCACAGGAACGCCCUGAUACAAGAGGCAGCACAGUGGACUCCGAUGAACAAAUUGUAGCUUUUACACCAGUGCCAACUCCAUACCCGUUACCAAUAGGCCGAUCUGAUACCAACGAUUAUCUCAAGUUAGACUAUCCAAACACAGUUGAUCAGAUAAUCCGUGGACAGUUAAAUGUCAAAUGUCAAAUCAAUAAGAGGAUUAUCCGCAUAUAUGUAUCAUCGGGAAUAUCAGAUUGUGAACCGGAGAGAAACGCAAUGAUGGAAAAGGUGUAUCCCAAAUUGAGACAACAUUGCACGGAGAGAGGAUUUGAGCUGCAAAUUAGCGAUCCCAAUUGGGGGUUGAAAGACUCAAUAUUUGACGACCAGGGACAUACUGAUCUAUGUCUACAAGAACUAAAACGAGCAAGACAAGUGUCGAGAGGGCCUAAUUUCGUGACAUUUUUAGCUCAAAAAUACGGCGCUAGUGAAAUCCCGACAUGCAUUUCGUGUGAAGAAUUUAAUGCGUUAACUAAUCUGCUACAAGGCCGUAGGGAUGAGUACAUUGCAUCACACCGACCGCCUACCAGCGAGGGAGACGUCGAAGCGCCCUCUGGCGAUGGAAGUUUGGUGAGAGAGAAAUCAAGUGAUAGCUUGAAAACCAAAGAGCCCAAUGUGUCCAAGACGGUAGAGGCUCAGAAGACGCAAGUCAGCGAAGGGGAAGGGGGCAAGUCGAAAUUGAACCAAUCACACGACGAUGAUGUGGUGAAAGAGAAGUCUGACCGUGACUACGACUCCGAGAUUACGCUGCUUAAUACAUGGUAUAAACUAGAUGAAAAUACAGUUCCACCUGUGUACCGACUACAACUAAUCAGCUCCCAGUUCAAAGACAUCAACGCCCGUGAUAACGUACGAAGGGUGACUGCAAAACAACAAUGGGGAAUCCAACAUCGCCGAUUGGAGGCGCUGUUUCAGACUUACAUCAGAGAUAUCACAUCUGAUCCUGCCAGAAUUGAUAAUUGCUACAAGUCAGUACUGGAGAGAGAGAUCGAAGAAGGGAUAUUGAAUUUAGAGUACAAACCUUUCGAGGAAGUCCAAUGGUUUCGGAGAAAAAUCACAGACUUAGAAAUGAAUGUUGGAGAUUUCAAUGCCAAGGAAUUUAUGGAUAUCAUCCCAAUGUCAUCAAAAGCUAACAAAGAGAGAAGCGACAGGUUGCAUGUGUUGAGUAACAUUAAAAUACCAGACAGGACAAGUUUAUCAAAUGUACACGAAUACAGCGUCGGUUGGCACGCCGAUGGUAUCAGACCAGAGACCAAUAGAGGGCACUACCUCUACAUUGAGAAGAUGGCACGUGACCUCGGUGACGUACUGAUCAAUAAAGUAGAUCGCGCCAUUCAUGAUAAUAUGGCGGCCACGGAUGCUAAAUCGAAACUUUAUGACGAAAUUGCUCAGCAUGUACAGUUUGUGAGGGAACGGUCACGCGUUUUCCAUGGCCGUAAAGAAACAAUGAACAAAAUAAAGGAAUACGUUCGAAUGGGUCCCCGUCAACCAUUGAUAAUCCACGGUCAAUCAGGUUACGGUAAAACAUCAGUCAUGGCUAAGGCUGCAAAAGACGCACCAUACAUGUUGAAAUAUGGCGAACCUCACGUAGUGGUUCGAUUAGUUGGGAUAACCGGUGAAUCUUUACACAUUAGACAGCUACUACGUAGUAUGUGCCUGCAGUUAUGUUAUAUCUUCCAUCAAAACUCAGCAAUGAUACCACACGACUAUAGGGGAGCAUUAAAUGACUUUAAUGGACGACUUGCUGGGGCAACGGAAGACAAUCCUCUCUUUAUUUUCAUGGACUCGUUAGACCAGUUAUCCAAUGAAAAUGACGGCCGUGGAUUACAAUGGCUGCCAAAAGAACUGCCAGAACACGUUUAUAUGAUCGUUUCCACGCUCUCCGAAGACCACUACGACUGUUUCAGCACACUGAAGAAAAUGUUUCCGGAAGGCGACAAUUUUGUCGAAAUACCAGAACUGCCAGAAAGCGAUGCGGAAUUCAUUUUGGAUCAUUUGUUAGCGCACGAGAACCGUGCUAUGACAACCGAACAGCAUGACGUCAUCACCACGGCAUUUAGAAAAUGUCCAACUCCUCUGUAUUUGCGACUGGCAAUAAACGAGUCCAAGACAUGGAGGAGUUAUUCAACCGGAAAACAAAUCUGGAUCGCUGACAGCGUGAAGAAAGUCAUAACUGCUAUUUUCAGCAAAAUGGAGUCACAGCACGGCGAGCCAUUCAUACGCAGAGCCCUUGGUUACAUCACAGCAGCACGUAGCGGGGUCACUCAUUCGGAAUUACUUGAUUUGCUAUCCCUCGAUGACUUGGUAAUGGGUGAUGUAUCGUCGCACAUGACCGUGAACGUUCGUCGGUUUCCACCGAUUCUGUUGAUGAGGCUCCGUAAUGAUCUUGAUUGGUAUCUGACGGAGCAAUCUGCGGAUGACACGUGGACGUACAGGUGGUCACACAGAAAACUCCACGAAGGUGCUGUCGAGAGAUACCUAGAACAGAAAGACAAAGCGCCCUCGUACCACUCAGCACUGAGUGAAUAUUUCAUGGGAAUUUGGGCCAAUAAGAAGAAGCCAUACCCGGGAUCGGAAUCUGGCGCCUUCAGAUACGUUGACCCCCAGGCACUGACGUAUAACAUAAACACGCCUACAGGAAAAACCAAGACUAUAUUCAAUCUACGCAAAUUAAAUGAAUUACCACACCAUCUGAUAAACUCUAACCAGUUUGAGAAGUUGAAAUUAGCAAUCCUGCUUAAUUACGAAUGGUUUGGCCUAAACUACGAGCGACCUCUCUACGGACUGUUCUCGACGAUAUUCACAACGCUCUAGUCAUCGAACCCAGCGACAAGGAAUUGAAGCUCAUCGCCGACUCGUUGCAGUUGUCAGAGACAGCAUUAAUGCGGAAUCCCCGAGAGCUAGCCACACAAUUGGUUGGUCGGCUCCGUGAUAUCAUUGUCAAAGACAAACCGAUAUCACCGGGUGAUCCAAAGAAAUAUCCACACAU